CACAUCAAGACGGAAAUCAUCUAAAGGCAUCUCAAAAGAGAGAAAGCAAUCGAAGAAGGCAAACAUGAGGAACCUGACACUUGCUGUUCUGUGUGCUGUCAUCGCAAUUUGCCUCUGUCAUGGGGAUUCUGACAACUCUGUUAGCGCCCCUGAUUCUCACAGUUCAGAAGACUUCUUUGUGAAGCGAGACACAGCCUCUUCUUUUGUGAAGCGCCUGAAGAGAAAUGCAAAUUACAGCCCCCAGCAGCUGGAAAGUUUGCGUGAGGUGUGUGAAGUCAACUUGGCUUGCGAGCACAUGGCAGAGACUGCUGGGAUCCUCGCUGCCUAUCAACAAUACUAUGGACCUAUUCCUUUCUAGACCAUUCGGAAUAUGAAUAACAGAGGACACCCAUGCCCAACCACCCUGACCCCUCUGCUAUGUAACCACUACAUUAUUAGGCCACUAUCUGCCCAAACAUGGCCGGGGUUAAAUUUGCCAGCCAUUAAUGGGAGCAAGAAUCUGCAUUUUAUGCACAACUGCACCAAGUACAAUGUGAAAAAAAGCUUUCAAUGUGACAAGUUAUCAUCUAUGUCAGCACAGAAAGUACUGGAUGAUAUGUAUGUUCUUUUAGACUGUUAGAAGUUUUGAAAUGUAUUUGAAAGUGUUAAAAUGAUUAAAGACUGUAUUAUAGGGUGCCUCUUAUAUUAAAAUGUAUAAAUAUA